AUGGCACCAUCAGUGCCCGAGAGGGAUGUUAUCGAGAUCUCCGACGAUGAGGUUGAACCCGCGCGGUGUGCCUCAUGGAAGGCACGACAGCGUAUGGAUGCAAACACUACGGAACUACAGACUUUGAAAGCCAGUAUCAAGAUCCUUAAACAGGACCUGCAAGCCUCAAGAGAAGAGACAAAAGCAGGUGUUCUUGUUCAGCAGAAGCUUGAGGCUGAUGUACAGCGUCUCAAGAAGGGCGAAGAAGAGCGCAAUGAGAUCCUUGACGAUAUCAUACGGUUUGAGAUGGUACGCCGCCGUCGAAUGCGUUCAUGA